CGGCCCCAUCCCUACAAAAGUGCACAGUUCGCGCGUCCCUCAGUUCCACUCCGGCCCCUUCCACCUCAACGUCGUUUUAUAGUACCAUCUCACCAGCGCCAUCGUCCAUGGCGAUGGCUGCAGCGGGGGAGUGGUGGGAGGCAGCGAAGGCGACCAUCGCGGCGUACACAGGACUGCCGCCGGAGGCGUUCAUCACGGUGGCUGCGGUGAUCGCCGGGCUUUACAUGGCCCUCUCCGGCUCAUUCGCGCGGCCAGCCCCGUCGCCGCCGAGAAGGAGGGAGGCGGAGGACGAGAGGACGCUCGAGGCGCUGCCGCCACCGGUGCAGCUUGGUGAGGUGACGGAGAAGGAGCUGGGGCUCUAUGACGGGUCCGACCCCAAGAAGCCGCUCCUCAUCGCCAUCAAUGGGCAAAUUUAUGAUGUCACGCAGAGCAGGAUAUUCUAUGGACCUGGUGGCCCAUAUGCAUUGUUUGCGGGCAGGGAUGUAAGUAGGGCAUUGGCAAAGAUGUCAUUUGAGCUGAGUGAUUUAACCGGUGACGUUUCAGGCUUAGGCCCUUUGGAGGUGGAAGCCUUGCAAGAAUGGGAGCAGAAAUUCAUGGGCAAGUAUGUGAAGGUUGGAACAAUAAAGAAGACCAUUUUGGUCUCUGAGGAAGAUGGUAGAGCGCAUGCUGAGAUAUCUGGAAGAGGCUUCGACGCAAAUGCAAUACAGAGAAAUCAUGAGUUGGCACCAGAAAAAAAUAGAGCUGAAAAUACAACUGCAGGUCAUGUAAGUGCAAUGGAGCAGCCAAUGAAAAUUUCCCAUGUGGGUGAAAGCAAAAGCAUCCAUGAAGAUGAAGUGAAGACGCCAGAAGAAACGCCUGGUGUAGAUUUAAGGAACACAAGCAGCACAAGCGGUGGAGGAGAGCGUGAAGACACCGGGCAGAAGGCAAAACAGGCACCGGAUGUAGAUGUGAACGGCAGCAGAAACCGUGAAGGUACAGGAGGAUCAAGGGAAGUGCCAGGUGUUGGUUCGAACAAUACAAACAUCCAUCAAGAUGAAGUGGAGAAACUAAAGGAAGCAUCAGAUAUUGAGGUGAAGUAUGCGUAGAGUUGUGCCUAUUGAUGACGAUGCGUAGAGUUGUGCCUAUUUAAGAAGGAAGUAGAAAUUUAACCUCGGAAGAUGACUGAUUCUUCAUGUUUCUGAUCCAAACAGCACAUCCUCUCAACUCUUACUUGCAAUGCAGCUCACUCUGCAAUGCAAUAAAUGAGAAUCUAUUGUGUUAAACCAUGAGAGCAUUACUAAGUGAAAUAAUUAUUCUACUAGACUACAUGGUAAAGAACUUCUAUGCAA